UAUGUGAAGAAACAUCCUUUAGUAGCCCACAGAAUACUGUGCUGUUCCUCACAAAUUCAUACAAAAACAUGUAUAUACUGCAUUAUGGUUGAAUAACUCUAUGUGCUCAUAUUAAUGAACUGCGUAUGAACACCUGAAUUUUCUGCAACCAUUCUUGUUUCCCAGGUGGAUAUUCCUGUGGUGCUGAUGUUUACUGGUUUCUGUUUGCCUUUCACCUAGUGUACCUUAUUCCAGUGUGUCAUUGUGUGUCUAUGCCACUGAGAAAAGUCCCUGACUGAGUCAGCAGAGAAACAACCAGCCAAGAUGCACAUUCUGCUGGUCUCACAAGUGCAUGUUUUUGUCUGCUCACAUGAUGCACCUUGGUGGCAGCACUGCUGCACUGCAGUGAUCAGUAAGGACAGUUGUGUGCGCUGCACGGCCUUUGGUGCAGCUCUUAAGCUAGUCUGCUGCUCUCAAGAUACUGCAGGGGAUGUGGUUGCUAGGUCAAUGCUGAGUUCAGAUUCAGUUGACCAGCCUUGUGAUUUUCUGCACAUGGAAGGUGAGGGAAUCACUAUCCACCAGUAUCUGUAGGAGGAGGGAAGGGGGACUAAGGUACAUAGGAAUAAUUCUAAUGGUGUGUUGUCAAAUCUAAUCUGAUUUAUGGCAUUCAGUUCCUCCUUCCGGUAUAGCUCUGACACCACGCAGCUUAUUCCAAGACCUCACUGGUGGCAGGGCACCUAACCUCAUCAGCCACCCAUGUUGGUGAUGUUGGCCAGUCCUUCUUCUGGGAGGCACAGGGGGAAUCUGAACUCCCAGCCGGUGGUCCAACUCACUGCGCGAUGCCAGCUGAAAGCUGCCUUGUGGAAUGUUCACAUAAUACACACAUACCACUCGAACACAGCACAUCUAUCUAUGCAUUUUAAAAUAAACAAAUAUAAGAUCCUGGGAGGAUGCAGGCACUCCCUUUACCAGGAGCACCCCACAACCAUGCAUGGUGCUAUCUUAUCACGUGGAGCAGUAAAAAUCUUGACCUGGCCCAAGAGCCAAAAAAAUAAAAAAAGAAGGAAAAAAAUAACAAAGAAAGAGAGGGGCGCACAGCAGCACAAGGCAUUUUGUUGUCUGGGGUGACAUGCGAAUGAGCAUCUCCGCACUCCGUAUCCAACUGGCCAAAGUACAUAUUAACAGGACCCAGCCAAAUGACUUCGGGACAUAAAACAGAACAGCCCUGCCUUCCCUGGCAAUAAAAAUUCGGUUAAGAAUUAAGGCGAACAACUGACAAGUGGCUGCCCGAGGGGCCUCCUUAACACAGUGAGGGGCCUGUCCUGGCUAAGGGGACAUAAGCGACGGCCAAGGAACGAACUCCUCAUAGCCGUUCCUUUUUUCCCCCGCCAGCGGCCUCAGGCCCCACCUCCUCCUCCUUCUCCUGCAGGUGUAAGAUUUGGCGGCGUCCUCCGGCAGCCCUGCCAUUGCUGCCGCUGCUGCUGCUGCUGCGCACUGGAAGGAAAGAGAGACCCGAAGAGCUCUGCAACUGGAAGGGGAAGGAGGAGGAGGAGAGCAAGGAAAAAGCUUAAAAAAAAAGAUAGAGAGAGACGGGGACGGGCGGGAGAGAAAGCAAGUCAGUGAAUCCUCCUCCUCUUCCUCCUGAUCCCCAUCGGCUCCGGCGGGGGAGGGCGUCCUAUGCCGUCCUUCCUCUGGAAGUGCCGCCGAGCUGCCCUUUUUUUCCCCCGUCUCGGUAUCUUUUAUUUAUUUAUUCUCUCUCUUCCCCCCCCCCCGCCGGCCGCCCCGGCGAAGCGAAGGCCAACGCGUGAGGGAACGAGAAGCGGGACCUGCUCCUCGGGCUCGGCUCUCUCCGCCGGGUUUCCUUGAGAGAUGAAGCAGAGAGGGAACUACCCUUCCCUGUGCAGCUCUGGGAGCCUUGCUCUCCCAUGUUACUGAUUGGCCCAGCCAGGAGAAGCAGUCUUAGCAUCCAUCAUGUGCACAACAAAAGAAGGAGCAGCCUUUUGAGCUCUGGCUGGAAUGUGUGCUGCAUUUCCUGCACGUUUUUAAGAAGCCAGAGGUUCAGAAGGCUCAAGUGGAAGGAUGCCGUCUGAAGUGUGCCUCAGUAUUCAGGAUAUGCUGACUGGUCAGAGGCUUUGCCAGUCCAGUUCUCAUAAUGAUGCUGUUUUGGCUGCUCUGAACCAGCAAAGAAGCGACGGAAUACUCUGUGAUAUAACUCUCAUUGCAGAAGAGCAAAAGUUCCAUGCCCACAAAGCAGUACUAGCAGCAUGCAGUGACUACUUCAGAGCAAUGUUCAGUCUUUGUAUGGUUGAAAGCGGUGCAGAUGAGGUGAAUUUACAUGGCAUCACAAGCAUAGGUUUAAAGCAAGCUCUGGACUUUGCAUACACUGGACAGGUUCUUUUGGAGCCAGGAGUAAUCCAGGAUGUGCUUGCUGCAGGAAGUCAUCUGCAGUUGCUGGAAAUGCUUAGUUUAUGUUCACACUAUCUUAUCCAGUUAAAAUGGAUCUUUUACAUAAACUUGCUUAAGGAGUUAAAUAGCUUCAAUUACCUGGAUCUUUAUAAGCUUGCUGACCUCUUUAACCUCCCUUUGUUGGAGAAAGCAGUAGUCGACUUUUUAGUGAAACACCUCUCUGAACUACUGAACAGCCGCCCAGAAGAAGUCCUGGCACUACCAUACAGCCUCAUCCGAGAGGUCUUGAAGAGUGACCAGCUUACAUCACUGAGUGAAAAACAAAUUUGGCAGCUAGCUGUCAGGUGGCUGGAACACAACUGCCGUUAUCAGUACAUGGAUGAACUUCUCCAAUAUGUUCGGUUUGGGCUUAUGGAUGUGGAUACAUUGCAUACAGUAGCCCUUUCUCACCCUCUUGUCCAAACUAGUGAAACUGUGAUGGCACUGAUCAACGAGGCCUUGGUGUAUCACCAGAGCAUCUAUGCACAGCCAAUUUGGCAGACCAAAAGGACAAAACCUCGCUUCCAGUCAGAUACUCUUUACAUCAUUGGUGGGAAAAAGCGAGAGAUCUUCAAAGUCAAAGAACUUCGGUAUUUCAAUCCUGUGGACCAAGAGAAUGUUCAUAUAGCAGGAAUGGCAAACUGGAGUGAACUGGCACCCAUGCUGGUAGGAAGAAGCCACCACUGUGUGGCUGUAAUGGGAGACUUCCUUUUUGUAGCAGGUGGUGAGGUUGAACAUGCGACUGGCCGCACAUGUGCUGUACGGACUGCUUGUAGAUAUGACCCUCGUAAUAAUUCUUGGGCUGAAAUAGCUCCAAUGAAGAACUGCCGAGAACAUUUUGUGCUUGGAGCUGUUGAUGAAUACCUCUACGCAGUAGGAGGUAGAAAUGAACUGCGUCAAGUUUUGCCUACAGUUGAGCGAUACUGCCCCAAGAAAAACAAAUGGACUUUUGUUCAGUCUUUUGACAGAUCUCUUUCGUGUCAUGCAGGAUAUGUUGUGGAUGGUCUUCUCUGGAUAUCAGGAGGCGUAACAAAUACAGCACAAUAUCAGAACAGACUAAUGGUCUAUGACCCUUCACAAAAUAAAUGGCUUAGUCGCAGCCCCAUGUUGCAGAGGAGAGUUUACCAUUCCAUGGCUGCUGUUCAAAGAAAGCUCUAUGUUUUAGGUGGCAAUGACCUGGAUUAUAACAAUGAUAGGAUACUUGUCCGCCACAUAGACUCGUACAAUAUUGACGCUGACCAGUGGACACGCUGCAACUUCAGUAUGUUGACAGGCCAAAAUGAAUCUGGAGUUGCUGUUCACAACGGCAGAAUAUAUUUAGUUGGUGGUUAUUCAAUUUGGACAAAUGAACCCUCAGCAUGUAUCCAAGUGCUGGAUGUUAGCAAAGAAGGAAAAGAGGAAGUUUUCUAUGGACCCACCUUGCCUUUUGCUUCUAAUGGAAUAGCAGCCUGUUUUCUGCCUGCUCCCUACUCUACCUGCCCAAACCUACAGCCUUUGCAAGUGCCUCACCACAAGAUAGGCACUGUGUGAAAUGAGUGGCAUGACUCACAGGAGAAUUUCUUCAUUCAUCCUUCAUUUUAUCUUGAAUCCCCAAACUGAAAAAACGAAAACAAAAACAAAAUUGCAUUUCCUCCCUGCAAUAGAAGCCAGGAGAGAACAAAACCAAAGGGGUCAAAAUUAGACCAACCCCCUUUCCUACCUUCAAGUAGGAGUGAGCAUCUUUAUCUAUUAAGAUCCUUCACCCCAGUAUUCUAGGAACAUGGUGCGCAGUUCUCUGACCUCUUGCUCAAAAAGAUCUGCCAUUUUUCUUGAUUUCCAGAAGUCCACCACAGCAGAGAAAAUGUUGAGUUAUUAAGGACUGUAUAUUACUGUAAAAUGCAGUAUGUUGAAAGGGAGCCCAAAGUAAGUUUUACUUAUACUAUUUGCUCUUUCUGUCACUAGACAAGUCCAAGGAAAUGAAUGAAGAAUAUAAACUUUUAACUGAGCAGAUGCAAACUAACUGGAUUCUAUUUUUCAUCUAAAACUGUAGCUAGUAUCCUGUUGUGUAGAUUUGUUGGUACAACAGGAGUGAUCUCACCGACAACAACAGAGUCUUGUUAAUUAUAGAGUUCUUGCUUCAACUGCAGGUUGCUCCAAUUUCAGAUUGCUUGCAUAAACUCUACAGGGGCAUUCUGCCACUAUCUCUUAUGUCACUCCUAUUGCACUGGUGGAGAUAUACAACAGGAUUUUAGCCACUUAAUUCUCAGAAACAAGGCUACAAUUGUGGUGAGUUUGUACUGGUAAAGUUUUGAAAAUUGCUUAUGUUGAGUGCUUUUCCUUGGUAUUAGGAGAUCUUGAAAAUUCAAAACUGUAUAUUUCAGCACAUCUCGUCAAGGUGAGCCUCAAAACUAGUGGGUGUUUAUGUUUGCUUCACAAUGGAGGGGGUGGGCUAAAGGCUGAGCAAAAAAGUCAUGUAGUUGUAAUACUUUUUGCAGCAGGAAAGACAAAGAUGAGGCACUACCAUCAGCAAGAGAGUGUCACAUUGCAGGAAGGAGUGAGACAGACACCUUAAAGGUCAUGGUGAAGCCUUGCUGCAAUGUUCAAGAUUGCUCCCUAUAGAAUUAAGACAGGAGUGCUUAGACAAUAGUGCAGCUUGUUUAGCUAUAUUGAGUUCUUUUGUCUUUGUACAGAUCCAGAGUGGCUUUCUGAAACUACAGUAUUUAGCAGACACGUGAGGGAAAUGGAUUGUUUAAUUCCAGUAUCUACAGCAAAAGCUGUAAAUACAAAAUAAAGUCAUGUCAAGACAUCAUCCUGAAAUUUGAACUUUAAAAUGUACUGUACUUUUCAAACAACGUUGUAGGAAAGCUUGUUUAGGGGAAGUCUGUUGCUUUGAAGUUAAAAAGCUAACUAUUGCCUAUUUGGAGUUUUCCCUAAAGAGUUACUUAAAAUAGUGAAGAACCAGAUGCUCCGUAUACUUCUUGGAACACGUAUCUAACAGUUCUUGCUGUUGUUUUGAACACAAGACAAGUAGGCAUUGAUGGGGCACUCCCUGAUUUUCUUCAGUGAAAGAAUACUGAAGAUGGUAUUUUCAUCUACCCACUCAUAAACAUUUCGGCUUCUGCUGCUUAGAGCAGGGGUCAGGGAACUUUUUUACCUUUUACCCCCCCCCCCCCAAAUUUAUAUAAGCCAACAUUACCCCCUUGAUUUGAAAGGAAGGAAAUGAUACAGUAUUUGAUGAAGCCACCUUUUUUCCCGCUUUAAUUGGAGCCUUGCCUGUUCUUUUCAUAGUUUUGAGUCAGUCUCUCUCUUUCUCACACACACAAACACAG